GCCAUGUCCUUCGCCCUGCUGCGCUCGGCGCCCAGCCGCUUCCUCUACCCGGAGAUCAGCAUGCUGUCGGAGGAGGACGAGGAGGAGAACGGCAGCGGCGAGAGCUCCGGCUCGGACGAGAAGCCCUACGCGCUGGAGGCGGGCGCCUACGGGCUCCGGGGCGGCAAGCGCGGGCCGGGCAAGAAGGGCGGCCGCGGCCCCGUGGCCCGGGAGCCCCGGCAGCGCCACACGGCCAACGCGCGGGAGCGCGACCGCACCAACAGCGUCAACACCGCCUUCAGCGCCCUGCGGACGCUCAUCCCCACCGAGCCGGCCGACCGCAAGCUCUCCAAGAUCGAGACGCUGCGCCUGGCCUCCAGCUACAUCGCGCACCUGGGCAACGUGCUCCUGGCCGGGGAGGGCUGCGGGGACGGGCAGCCCUGCCACGCCGGCCCGGCCUUCUUCCACCCCGCCGGCGGCGGCAAAGGCGGCAGUCCGGCCGGCCCGGAGAGCGAAGGCUCCCAGCCCAAGCAGAUCUGCACCUUCUGCCUCAGCAACCAGAGGAAGCUGAGUAAAGACCGCGACAGAAAGACCGCGAUUCGGAGUUAGCCCUGGUGGAAGCCGGAUGGUGGUGGUGGUGGUGGUGGAGGCGAUGCUGGAGGCAGCGGCAGGACCCAGGAGGGCGCAAUGGAGAGACGGGGCCCCCCUGCCCUGCCCUCGGGAGCUUCUGCCCGGGACGGACUGAAGGGCAGCCGGGAGAGACGGAAAGCCCCACG